AAGAGAGUAGCAAGUGGACUAACCUCAACGAAAGUCGAAACAAAAUUACAUUAUAAUGAAAUUCCUGAGCAUUCUGGUGGCCCUGUGCCUCCUCCUGGCCCUGGCCAUAGCACCCAUUCAGGCGGACGAUGACUUAUCCGCAGAAAAGGACGGCCAGACACUGCGCAAGUUCUGUCCCUGUCCCAGGAACUACGAUCCCGUGUGUGCCUCCAAUAUGGUGACAUAUCCCAAUCGCUGCGAAUACGAUUGUGUGCGUCGUGAGGCGGAGCGUCGUGGACGCAAUCUGGAAUUCCUACGCUCUGGUCAAUGCUAAUCCAAGAAAGGAAACACUCCAGAGUGCAGCUUAAUAUAUAACAAUGAGAAAUAAAGGAUGUUCUGUUCAUACGUGUA